GAAGGCCUGGCUCCAGCUGCCCGCGCCGUUUGCACGCGGCGACUCCUUCGGCUACCGCCCUUGACCGGGCUGCCUGCUGAGGCUGGCUUUGUGGAGGUAAACCCGGGCUACUUGACAAAGGUGACCCUGGUGUUUGCCGAGAAGGACGGUGGCCUCUGCGGCAGCCGGACCUUCUCCCAGGCUUUGUGGUUGAGUUCUUGGAGAUCUUGCACUACUGGCUUAUCGCUAAGUGCUCUUCUACCUGGACCUGAAGCUGAAGCGAUGUCGAAUCCAGCAGCUGGUGGUGGAAACCUGCCGUUGCAAGAGUUCCGCAGGGAGAUACCGCCCGGUUGGGCCCCAGGCGACUCUUCGUACCCGCUGAAGCUCUACAUGGAGAAGCUACAGUUGUGGUAUAAGACAACGGCUUUAGAAGACGAAGUCGUGGGUCCGAUGGUUGCAGGGAGACUGCACGGCAGAGCGGCAAAGGUCGCUAUGACGCUGCGGGUGCCACGGCCUGACGGGGCCUAUGACGUUGGACCGGAAGCUCUCUCGAGGCUCAGCGUGGACGAGGUGCUGGACCCGGUGACUUGGAGCAGUGGUGCAACAGCCAAUUGCAUCAGGACUUCACAGAAGAUGACGCUGGCUGAGUAUGCAAUGGAGUUCGAUGUGAGAUACGAUGAAGCCCAUGACCGUGCUGGACUACAACUGAAUGAUGUUGGAAAGUUCUACAUAUGGUUCAAGCACUCUGGGCUGUCGCCGAAGACCGUGGAUGACAUCAAGCUACAAGUUGGAGGAGACUACACAAGGUUCCAGGCCGACAUCUUCUAUGAGGACUGGGCCGAAGAUGGAUACUACGACGACGACUACGAGGACGAGCUGGCUUGGUGGUAUGGCUAUGGGGGCUAUGAUAAUGACGAGAACUACUGGGACGACUAUGAUCAGUACUAUGAUGACUACGACGAUGGGCACUACUACUGGGAUGAUGAGUAUGGCUGGGUCGAAGAACAACUUGAUGGAGAAGCUCAACAACCAGAUGCAGCCGAAGAUGACCCAUCCAGACAAUCGGAAGAUCCCCAACAAGCUGAUGCACAAGGCGACUACUACAAGGGCAAGAGCAAGGGCAAAGGAGGUGAAGAUGGAUGUUUCAACUGCGGAUCAAAGUGGCACAUGGCACAUGGUGAAGGAAAAGGCAAAAGCUGGGGCUACAGACCUUUCUUCAAAGGAAAAGGAAGAGGCAGAUUUACAGGCUUUGGCAAGUCUUCGUAUGGCCGGAAAGGCUAUGGCAAACGUCACUGGUUUGCAACUCCGAAGCCUACCUUGGAUUUCUCUGCCGGCAUCCCUGAUGCUUCCACGAGGAAGUUUACAUUCUCAUCUUCGAGCUCUCACGUGAUGACCAACGACAACACGAAGGUCGAGAAGUUCAUCAUGCACACCUCAUCAGAGGAGGAGGAUUUCACUUGGUUGAAGAGGUCUACAAGAUCUUCCAAAAGCCCCGACAAUGCCGAGACAGCCACAACGAUCCCGGAGAAGAAGCAUGGCACUGCUUUCAGCUUCGCAGUUUUCCAUGCAGAUCGACAUGCCAAGGAGACCGAGAGCUACUUCACAGUUCGUGGAGAACAGCGUCACGGCUUGCUGAUCGACCCUGGCGCAGCUUCUGGAUUGAUUGGAUCAGAGACUCUUCGUGAGCUGAUGAGCCGCUGUGUCACACCGCUGGGCAAGAACAACGAAGUUGUUAUGGACCGCAACAAGACAACGCCUGUCAGCGGCAUCAAAGGUGGAUCCAAUCAUACUCUUGGAGAAGUUACUCUUCCCCUACAAGCUGGAGGACAGAACAUCACGUUCACUGCAGAGGUGAUCGGUGGCGAUGGCUCUAUGUGCCCCGCCUUGGUUGGGAACCCGACUUUGCGGAAGAUGGAUGCAAGCAUCUUUUCCAAUUGGUUCGCCAACGGUGAUGGUCUUCUGAUGGUUGGUGGAAGAAACGCCGAGGAGAACAGCAAGGAGUACCGGCUCUUCCGACUUCUUCUGACGGAAUCUGGGCACUACAUCUUGCCUACCGACUAUGAAAGCUCUGGCAAGGUGGCCCGAGAAACCCGGAAGGAGAUCAUUCUGUUCAGUCAACGUGUUGCCGAAGAAAGCUUUCAACGAUGGAACGAUGUUCACACCAGAGUUCGGCACUGCUUCAUGAGCAAGAAUGACACGGCUGAGCAGACGGAAGGUGACCGGGGUGAACGACGUGUCUCUUUUGCCAUGGACAAGAACGAUAAGCAGCCCCACAUCCUUGCCGAGACCUUUCACAACAUCGAGCAGAAUAUUCUGCCCAAGGAUAAGGCUUUGAAGAAUGCCGACAUCCUGGACUACGACCUCACUGAGGAUCCAGAUGUCCGUAAGAUCAACAACAAGGACUCCGAUGAGUACAAGGAGCCCUCAACAGCACAGAAGAUCACUCCGACCGAUAGGUCCGUGAUGAACGAAGAUGUCUCACCGGAGCGCACCAUUUUGGCUGAUAAGUCUCCGACGGAAUUGGCUCAGGCGAAGCAACACGACAAGAUGCACUACGACACCUUUUGCACAGAACUUGAUCAAGCUGGCAACUCAACUGCCGAGAACAGCACUGCCAUUUUGGCCUCUGCGAAGCCUGACGAUGAGGAAUUUCCCAUCUAUACUGGCGAUCAACUUCCUGAAGGAUCCAAUGUGUCGAAGCUAUCCAAAAGGUACAAGGCGAUGCCAGAGGAGUUCUACAGCAAGACCGGUCUACGACCCGUCACCCCAAGCAACUUCAAGCGCUGGUUUCAGAGAAACCGUGGAAAAGGCCUACGCUGGCAUGCUUGGGAGCUUUCCUCUGGCACAGGCCGUUUGAGCCUGAUCUUGAUGAUGGCCGGUUUGGUCAUUGGAUUUCCAGUGGAUCUACGCUAUGGCUGGGAUCUUGGAAAUGCUGAGCAUCAGGCUAUGCUUCGACAAGCACAACAAGAGUUCAAACCUGGAGUGGUGCACCUUGCACCUGACUGUGCUCCAUGGAGCGUUGCAAGCUCCUCAAAGGAUCCUGAAGAACGACUGGCCGAGCGAAAUGCUGCAAGACCCAGUCUGGAGUUCACACAGGAAGUCUGCCAGAACCAGUCCCAUCAUGGACGUGGCUAUAAUGUCGAGCAACCCUACGGCAGUGCGAUGUUUCAAGAAGAUCUACCUGAAAAUCCUCUUCAUCUUUCUGAUCUUUCAGAUCACCGAAAACGACAACGCAUCGAUCAAUGCAUGCAUGGUGCAGAGGACGAGUGCAAGUACCCGAUCCAGAAGGCCACUGGUUUCAACUCCAACAUCAAAUGGUCCAAGACUGCUGUGCGAUGCUCUGGACACAAAGGUCGUCAACAUGCCCACUUGCGUGGCACUGGACCCAACGGACUUUCCAGAACAUCCACUGCAGCAGCCUAUCCUAGAGGCAUGUGCCAAAAGAUGCGGCAGGACAUCGUCAACUUCCUACAUUUACAUCAACGAGAUCUACUACGUCUUGGACGAUGGCCUGAGCAUCUACGACAUUUUGCAUCACAACACCAUUAUGAGUGCAUUCGCUGUCAACUUGGCCGUGCAUGUCCUCCAGACAUCCCGCACACGAUGGUGCCCAAGGAAUGUCGACAUGGACGAUGGGCUGAAGGAUCUGGACCAAAGGCAACAACCAAAAGUGGCCUACCUGCACAAAACCCAAUCUCUACUUGGAAAAUCCGAACCAACAAGGAGAACCUUGACAAGGUCAACCUCACCGAGCAUAUUGAUCCGUUCUUGAACGAGCACCAAAAGCACUACUUGAAGAAGCUCAUGAUGGAAGUGGUACACAACUUGCUUGACUUCUUCAAAGAGCAGAACGACAAGAAGGUCGGUGAGGGCUACUGGCUUGACAACCAACUGCAUUUUGCACUCUUCAAGGAGAUCUUCCAGGGCCACAUGCUAGUCCGUGGUGUUCGCGUGGACUGGAAUGUUGGACCACUUGAAGAUCUACGUGAAUGCAGCCACAACCAGAUCAAUGAGUACAUUGAUGAGAUCGACUGGCUGAUCAAUGUUUUUGGCACUGAACUUCAAGGAGUACCAGCACCAUCAACACCAGCCAGAAGAUCGCGAGCCAUUCCAUCGGAAUCCAGUCUUCCUGCAAGACCAGAUGGAGUUCUUAAGCAACCUGCGGUACUGGCUCUACCUGAUGUACCUGGAGGAGAAGAAGAUCUGCUCAAGCUCUCAAUCUAUGAACCAGCAGAACAAGCACCACAAGAGGAGGAGGAAUUUGAGGCGAAGUCUCCUCAAGACCUUGCGCCAAUCCGACCAAACUACAACCUUCGACGAGUUCUACAACGUCUUCCAGUUUUGGUCGAGAAAGGUGAUAACGAGAAAGCAAAGAGACUUCUACUUGGCCUACACGAGAGAUUGUGGCACCCUCCGGCAUCUGACUUCACGAGCCUUCUUCGCCGCAGCGGCAUGAGUGGAGAAGUCAUUGCACUGGCUCGAGAGGCCAUUGGAUGUUGCGCCAUUUGUCGCAAAUACAUCCGACUUCCCAACAAGCCGCAGAUGCGAGUCCGUGGUGCCAACGUCUUCAAUCAAGCAGUCCAGAUGGAUCUGUACUACUGGGAGUCUACAUGGUUCAUGCUGCUGGUGGAUGAAGCCACACGCUUCAAGAAGAGCGGAACCAUCGAGGGCCAAGAAGCAGAUCAACUUCUACAAGCUUUCCUGGAGCUCUGGAUUUACCACUUUGGACCUCCUGAACGACUGGUGCUCGACCAGCAGGUGUCUCUCAUGUCCCACGAAGCCGGCAUUGUGGAAAGACACGUGCAACUGAUCAAGCUGACCAUGUACAAGCUAAAAGCCGAACUUCAACGACAAGGCCUCCAUCCAACUGAGUCCGAGCUGGGCCAGGAGUCUGCAAUGGCUCACAACAUCACUCUUUCCUACGGUGGUGUGACACCAGCGAUGGCCGUUUACGGCACACUUCCUCGGGAGUUCUACAACCCGGAAUCUGAGCACGUGCUGAACUCCACCGGCGCUCUGGACACCGAUCUGACAGUCUUCGAGCGAGCUAUGAGGAUUAGACAGACAUCCUUGGCACAAGCUCAACAAGCAGUCAUUGAAGACCGCGUUGCUCGAGCUGCCAGGACGAAACCUCAUCAACUUGAAGUUGAUUCCUUGGUGGCUGGAACAUCAGAGGUUGAGUUCUACCGCGAGGUCAAGAAAGACCCUGGAUGGCGUGGCCCUGCACUUCUUCUACGACUAGCUGCUGAUGAAGGUGUGGCAGUGAUCCAAUACCAAGGAAAACCCUACUUGGUUGCUUUGCGUCACAUCAGACCCUUCAAGGGCAUCUACCACAUGGAAGUUCAAUCUCCACAACUUGAAGAUUCCUUGCGGAAGCUCAUGAAGUAUGUGGAGAACAUGACCGAAUACAAGAUUUAUCUCUACGGCUGA